UUUCAAUCGAUCUGACACGACAGCCCUUAAUAAUUAAGCGUUCGUCCCCAACUUCUGAAGUUCAGCUUUAGCAUCGAACCCUAAAAUUUAAGACUCAGAGUUCGGAUUUUGUGAAUUGCAGCAUCUUGCCUUUCCCGUUAACGUACAGCUGGGGUUGAUCAUCACCUCGCACUGAAGGUUUGGAAUAACUACGCUGCACAUAACAUGUUUGAUGAAUUUCUCCAAUGAGAUUCAAGAUGCAUUUCUUGUUCAAACAAGCAUGGAAAUGCUCUUGGCUUCAAAACAUGAGUACCCAGAAUUUCCUACUGCUUUCAGCUUCCCACUACUCCGCAUUGCCGCCAAUAUCUGUUCCUCCCCGGUUGCAAGAGCUCUGCAGCAUUGUCAUGAGCACUGUUGGUGGGCUAGAUGAUCUGGAGCUGAGUCUAAAUAAGUUUAAAGAUUCUUUAACUUCAUCUCUCGUAGCUCAGGCUAUUGAUUCUAGUAAGCAUGAGGCACAGACUAGAAGAUUGCUCAGGUUCUUCUUAUGGUCUAGUAAGAAUUUAAGUCAUAGUUUGGAAGACAAGGAUUAUAAUCAUGCCCUUCGAGUUUUUGCAGAAAAGAAAGACUACACAGCAAUGGAUAUUUUGAUGGGAGAUCUCAAGAAGGAGGGUCGUGUCAUGGAUGCUGAGACUUUUGGUCUUGUGGCUGAUAGUUUGGUUAAACUGGGAAAAGAAGAUGAGGCAUUGGGUAUUUUCAAGAACUUGGACAAGUAUAAGUGUCAUGUAGAUGAGUUUACAGUUACUGCUAUCGUUAAUGCCCUUUGCUCCAAAGGGCAUGCUAAGAGGGCUGAAGGGGUAGUUUGGCAUCACAAAGACAAGAUUACACGAGUAACACCUUGCAUAUACAGAAGUCUUCUUUAUGGGUGGUCUGUGCAGAGGAAUGUGAAGGAAGCUAGGAGAAUUAUUAAAGAGAUGAAGUCAGAUGGGGUUAUCCCAGAUUUGUUAUGCUACAACACAUUCCUCAGGUGCCUUUGUGAACGGAAUCUUAGACAUAAUCCCUCAGGACUUGUGCCUGAAGCUUUAAAUGUCAUGAUGGAGAUGAGGUCUUACAAGGUUUUCCCAACCUCAAUCAGUUACAACAUACUGCUUUCUUGUCUGGGGAAGAACAGAAGAGUUAAGGAAUCUUGUCAAAUACUUGAAACAAUGAAAAAUUCUGGUUGCGAUGCUGAUUGGGUCAGCUAUUAUCUAGUGGCAAAGGUGUUGUUUCUGAGUGGCAGGUUUGGUAAAGGGAAAGACAUGGUGGAUCAAAUGAUCGGAAAAGGCUUGGUUCCUAACCAUAAGUUUUACUACAGUUUGAUUGGUAUUCUCUGUGGGGUUGAGAGGGUAAAUCAUGCUCUUGAACUGUUUGAGAAAAUGAAGAGAAGUGAGAUGGGAGGUUAUGGACCAGUUUAUGAUGUGCUCAUUCCAAAGCUUUGUAGUGGAGGGAAUUUUGAGAAGGGAAGAGAGCUUUGGGAUGAAGCCACAGGUACGGGCAUCACUCUUCAGUGCUCACAUGAUGUUUUGGAUCCUUCAAUAACCGAAGUUUACAAACCUAAAAGGCCAGAAAAAAUCAGUCAUGUGGACAGUUCAAUAGUCAAGUCUCCACAGAAAGUUACGAAAUUUUCAGGGAAAAUGAAGAUGAGGAAAAAAUCUGCUGCAACGAAGAAGAAAAAGAAGUAAAAAAAUAUAAAAAAAUGUACUGCCAGUAAGUUAAUUAGUCCUUGUUCCAGCUCUAUGUCUACCGUUUUUCUUUAAUGAACAGCCUCCCUUGUCCACCCUCCUUCUCUCACUUUCACCAGGAGGAAAAUUUCAACCACAGUGAAGGCUUCAUCUCGGGUUGACAAGUUUUCAAAAAGCGAUAUCAUUGUUUCUCCAUCCAUUCUUUCUGCUAACUUUUCAAAAUUUCAAAAUUGGGAUAGCAGGUGAAGCUGUGGAGUUGGCUGGUUGUGAUUGGAUUCACGUUGAUGUAAUGGACGGUCGCUUUGUUCUAAAUAUUACAAUGGGACUUUUUGUGGUUGAUGUAUUGCGCCCUGACAGAUCUUCCUUUGGAUGUACACAUGGUGCAUGUACCAAUAUGAAACUAGUACGGUGGCAGAGGCUGAUGACAGAGUAGUAUUGCAAAGUGGAGUUUGAGAAUAACUGAGCAAGAUGAAGAUCUUGAAACCCCGCACAUGGGCCAUGGCACAUGUAAGUUAUGCAGAGAAAAGGGACAAGAAUAAGGUGUGAAUAUGGGGAUAUUGUGAGCACUCACCCACGUUGACACAAUGCAAGUGAAAUCCACGCGCUUCCCAUUCUUCUACGUUCUUCCUAGAAGAUGCUAACUACAGAAUACCAAGUUGAUGUUGUAAAGCAAUUCAACUACAAGGUGCGUAACAGACCAUAGACAGCCAUGGGUGAUGGGUCCAUUGCCAGAACGCUCAAAGCUGGAUUUUUACUUACUUACGUACGCUGUGUAACUCGUUUUCUCUGAAAAUAUUCUUAUUUCAAAUUCUUAUUUUUUAUUUUCUGGAUUUAUUUACCAUAUACGUCAUUGUAUUUUUAGUUUAUUUAUUCUAUAGUAUAUGUCAAGAUUGAAACUUGCUUGCCU